AUGGGUGCACAGCAGAAACAGGAAGAUAAUAGGAUGCCGAAUGUUCUCCAACACCGUGGAGAGAGAAAGAGAGAGGAGGCCUCACGUGCGACGCGAGAGCGUCGGCACGCACUGAAACAGCAGCGCCCUCAACGAGAGACCCGAGUUGUGAAGAGCAAUCCGCUCCUAUUCACAGUGCCGCAUUCAAAAGUCGGGUUGACUCAUCACUUCAACACCUCAGCAGAAGCACGAAAACCGCCUUCUGUCAGACCCAAGGAAGACCCCAACAGCAAUAUCAACACGGCCCAUGUAACUUCAACCAAGUCACGCCUACACACACACACAGAGAGAGAGAGAAAGGUUUACCACACCAACAUUAAGCCAGAUUUUCCAGCGCCUGCCUGGAUACGACUAUGCUUCACUUCUGCGUGGAUUGAACACCCUCGGUCACACACGGCCCCUUCUGAGACAUGCUUAUGA